AUGUAUUCACUUCUCAACGAAACAAGAAACUGUCAAGUGUGCAAGAAAUCGUUUCCAAAUGGGAGAGCUCUAGGAGGUCACAUGAGGUCUCACACAAGGACACUUUCGGCAUCAAAUGGCUCGACCGUUCCAUCGCUGAAGACACCAACCAAACUCGGAGAAAACAUCAGACUUAAUGAAACAGUUUUGAUGAGAUCUGUGCACGCGAGCGAAGUUGGUCGUCCAGAACCAGAUCUAAAGAGAGAAGAAGGUGGACAACAAAUAACAUGCAAGAGAAAGAUCGUCGUGGAUUUAGAUGAGUGUCAGAGUCCUUUAACAGCUGUUGAAGAAGCUGCUUUGGUUAUUGUAGCAAUGUCUAAGGGAGAGAGACCAGCAAAUUCUCAGAAUUGGAAUGCGAUUGACCGCUUGUUAUCAACUCCAAAUGAAAAAGAAGAAUAUACGCGAAAGUCUAUCGAUAUAGAUUCUGAUGAUGAUGGGAGAGUCUUAACAGAAGGCAUCGAUGAGAAUGAAGAUGGGGAUGAGGACGAGGAAGAUGAAACAUAUUUAGUUGAGAAGGAGAAACAGUGUAAGAAAAGAUUUACGUGUGAUAUAUGUGGAAAAGUUUUGCAUUCCUAUCAGGCAUUAGGUGGCCAUCGAACGAGUCACAGGACCAAACGAUUGAAGAUUUGCGACAAGAAUGGUCAAGCCAUGGUUAGACACUACAAAUGUGAACUAUGUGGCAGAGUGUUUGAAUCCGGUCAAGCACUUGGUGGUCACAAGAAGGUUCAUUAUGCGUUUCUAUAA